AUGCUGCCAGCGCAGCAGCUCGCGCCGAUCAGUCCAUGGCCCCCCGACGGGAACCUCUUAGACCGAAUGGACGAUAUCGCCCAUAAAGGUCACAGCGGUGUUAACCAGCUCGGCGGCGUGUUUGUAGGAGGACGACCUCUGCCGGACUCGACGCGGCAGAAGAUCGUGGAACUGGCGCACUCCGGAGCUAGACCCUGCGACAUCAGCCGCAUCCUGCAGGUCUCCAACGGCUGCGUCUCCAAAAUACUAGGCAGGUAUUACGAGACUGGUUCGAUAAGACCUCGCGCGAUAGGUGGCUCGAAGCCCCGCGUAGCCACAGCGGAGGUAGUUAGCAAGAUCGCUCAGUACAAGAGGGAGUGCCCUUCGAUUUUCGCCUGGGAGAUCCGGGACCGUCUGCUGAGCGAAGGGGUCUGCACAUCUGAUAACAUACCUAGUGUGUCUUCGAUAAACCGUGUUCUCCGCAACCUGGCUGCCCAGAAGGAGAAGACCAGCAGUCAACCUACAUCAGACUGUUCUGCUCCCGUCUACGAGCGUCUCCGUCUCCUCGGGACUCCUACCACUCCGGCGUGGCCUCGAGCACCAUGGCCAACACAAAUAGACACUAGAACUCCGCCUUAUCAACUACACAGCUUGAGCCCUGGUCCUCAGACGAUAGGCUGCAACGGAGGCGAUAUGACAGCCAUCAAGAAAAACGAGGAGCCUCUUGAAGGACUCGAAGGUAUACAUUCUGACGAGACCGGUUCCGGAGACAACUCGAAUGCUGGUUCGAGCGGUGCUGACGACGACGCAGCACGACUCAGACUGAAACGGAAACUGCAGAGAAACCGCACUAGCUUCACCAACGAGCAAAUCGACAGUUUGGAGAGAGAAUUCGAAAGGACGCAUUACCCGGACGUGUUCGCAAGAGAAAGACUCGCAGCAAAAAUCGGGCUACCUGAGGCCAGAAUACAGGUGUGGUUCUCGAAUCGUCGCGCGAAGUGGAGGCGCGAGGAGAAGAUCCGGUCGCAGCGCCGCAGCCCCGAGUGCGGGUACCAGCCGCCCCCUGCGCACCCCUCGCCCCCCGCGCACGUGCAGCCCGCGCACCCCGCGCACCCCGCACACCCGCACCAGCCGUACCAGCCCGCGCUCAACGUGGACGCGUACAGCCCGCUGACUCCCAUGGGCUACGGAGGAGGUAUGGUCUCAGAGUCGGCGGUGUGCGAAGGCGCCGACUCCGAUCUCUGCAAGGGAGGAUUCCUGGGGUACCCGCGCUACGAGCUCGGGUACCGGCAGCCGGCACACCCGUACGUCAACCACGGAUACCAGCACGAGCCUGCUUCUCCUCCACCAGAGCUGGGCGGUCUACUUGGUGCUGGAGUAUCAGUUCCGCUCACCGUUCCCGGGCAGGACACGCAGCAGUACUGGUCGCGGCUACAGUGA